UUAGCUAGAGCUAGAAAAACAAGGGAGUUCAAAUAUAAAUAAAAAAAUAAUUUUAAAGGGCAAAUGUGGUUUUUUAACCAUGUGUAGCAGACAAAAAAUAAUAGUGUUUACUGAAACUACUGAAUACAAAAUCAACAAACAAAACCAAAUCAGCAAGCAGCUGUUAUUUAUUUUAGUUCCAGCUGUUUGGGAAGACAUUGGAGCUUCUAUACGACAAAACAGUUUACCUGGUGAUUGUGAGUGGAGAGGUUGAGUAGGAUCUUGCCGUGGAGGAACAACUGCGACUGGUACAGCACCUGCAACCAU